AUGGGGUAUGACAAGGGGAGUUCAGGAUGGUACUUGAAAUCAAGUAGGACUCAAUAUGUAUCUACAGCACUAGCCUCAGCUGCAACCUCAGGUUUAGCUUCAGUCUUAGCCUCAGCAUCAGCAUCAGUAUCAGCAGCAAAUAUUAAAGAAAAGGUUACAUCCCUUGAUCAGCCUGUCACUCACAUAGAAAAGUUUCAGGCUAGAUCUUCUAGGGGAGGUGAUCCCAUGGAUAUUAGCUCCAUUCCUCAAAGUGGAGAUGAUGAUAAUGACUGUGCAGAAAAUGAAGGAGAUUUUGAAGAAGAAGGUAAUGAAGUAGAUACUAAAGAAGAAGGAACCCGAGAAGAAGAAGAAGAAGAAGGGCAAGGAGAUGGCUUUGAAGAAGAAGGAUAG